UUAUAUCUACAAAACCUUACUCAUUUCUGUUGAAAAAACUCUCGAUUUUACUUAUAACAUACACAGUUAAAGAAAUCUUUUCGCGAAUAAUAAAAUCAAAUUUAAUUGACAUGAUUAAUUAUGAUCUAUAAAUUUAAUAGAAACAAUUCGUUUUUAACGAAUAUAUUCAAGUAUAACGAUUUAUUCGUAUUUUCAUUAAUGAUAUUCGCGGGCAAAAUGAAGCAACUCUGAUCCCAGAUCGCUUUUGAUUAUUUCACAACAUCUCGAGUUGUUGUGAACUUUCAAAACAGACAAGCUGACGAGCUGCUGACGACUGUUACUGUUAUCAGGAAAAUUAUGCAACGCGUUCGAAGAUAACGUUACAUGCGUUUUUCGGUGUCCGAGCGAAGUGAGAUGGGAUUGAGGAGGGGGUAAAAAUGACGAAGGAGGAGAUGAUGAGGAAGGGGGAUGAUGGCGCCCAUUCACAUUUCUAUUCGCCAGAUGGCACCUUCUCGUCGGACGUACUCACUGUAAUUCACAUGCUUCGCACGUUACUCCAUUUUAUCUCACUCGGUCGAGAAUGGUGUCAUAAUUAUUGCUCGUUCAGUCAAUAAAUCCGUAGUUAUUGUCCGACGUAGAUUGCUCCUGUGACCGGUUGCAAUUAGUCAUGAUUAUUAGCUCGCGAUGACACUGCAGGCGAUAAAAUGGAACAUAGUGGAUGGCAAACUGGAGAUCCUGGACCAGACGUUGUUGCCGACAACCACCCGCUACAUCUUGGUUGAAGGAGUGAAUGAUGGCUGGCUGGUGAUCAACAAGAUGCAGGUGCGAGGUGCGCCAGCCAUAGCCAUCGUAGGCUGCCUCAGUCUGGCAGUAGAGAUCCUUCAACACGCAGGUUACGAGAAUAAGAUGGUCCUUCGGCAGACUAUCGAGGAUAGACUGAAUUAUUUGGUAUCGGCACGUCCUACUGCAGUCAACAUGAAGAUAGCAGCCAACGAGCUCAUAGAUCUGGCAGAUAAUCUCAGUAAAGACGAUGCUUACACUCUAUCCCAGAUGAAAGACAGAUUCAUUCAUGAGAUAAACAAAAUGCUGCAAAAUGAUGUGACGGAUAAUGUAAUGAUCGGGAAUGUGGGAGCGCUUACGAUUCUGCGUAAUAUAUCUAUAGAGAGUUUUGUUAGAAUUCUCACCCACUGCAACACUGGGAGUCUCGCUACUGCGGGAUACGGCACAGCUUUAGGUGUCAUCAGAUCUCUCCACAGUAAGAGAAGGCUCGAGCAUGUAUACUGCACUGAAACCAGACCGUACAAUCAAGGGGCCCGUUUAACUGCAUAUGAAUUGGUACAUGACAAGAUUCCGGCAACUCUGAUCUGCGAUGACAUGGUCGCCGCGGUAAUGAAAACGAAGCAAAUCACCGCAGUCGUUGUGGGCGCCGAUAGAAUCGCCGCGAACGGCGACACUGCGAACAAAAUCGGAACUUAUCAGAUUGCGAUCCUCGCAAAGUAUCACAAUAUUCCUUUCUACGUGGCUGCACCACUGACGUCCAUAGACUUCCAAAUGUCGGACGGUAAUAAUAUCGUUAUCGAAGAAAGACCCGAACGAGAAAUGACUCAUGUAAACGAUAAGAGAAUCGCAGCAGAGGGCAUAGCGUGUUGGAAUCCGGCGUUCGACGUGACACCGGCGAGUUUAAUUACCGGCAUAAUUACGGAAGUCGGUGUUUUUGAGCCAUCAGAACUGAUCAAUGGGAAAGAGUUGCUUCAUGAAAAAAAAUUUUUUUUAUAGACGUAUAUAGAUACAUUUAUGCGUAUUUAUCAAUUGAAAAUAUCAGGAUAUACGACUAUUAAUAACAAUAGUCUCUUGAAAACCAUAAAUCAGUGCUAUAAAAAUAUCCGAUAAUAUGAUUUAAGAACUCAGGGAAGUUAACUAUAUUUAUUAUAUUAAUUUUAUUUAGCAAAUUAAAUUAAAAUCAAUCAAUGAAAUUUAUAAAAUUGAUAAACUAUUACAGCAUUUUAGGAUUGCGAUUUUGAUAUAUUAAAUUUAUACUUUUUUUGCUGCGCGCCACCGGUUAAUGAUUUCUAACGUGCCUUCAACUUGAUCUUUUAAAUUAUAUAUUAUAUUACAGCACAUUUUGAAAUUAUAAAAUUUUGUAUUAAAUACUUUUUCUUCAAUUUUUAUAGAGAUAUAUGUGAGACAUUAUUAUUAUACAAUGCUAUUCCAUAUUAUUACUAAGAGAUUGUUAUAGAUUUAUAUUUUAUUGAAUAAAUAGAUUAUUUAUACA